UGUAACAGUCACUGAGAACACCUAAUCACACUAGUGAAGUAGGUGCUGUGCAGACAUGGCAUCAAGGCUGCUGUGCUUGGGGUUGGUGUCUGUGCUGCUGGCAUAUUACAUCUAUACCCCACUUCCAGACAACAUAGAGGAGAAAUGGAAAGCCACUUUGCUGGAUGUGACCUUUCGAAGUCUUGGACAUGUUAGUAAUUUUGCUGAGCUGCUGGGAAUCAAACAUUAUAUGGAUGUUAUGAUGUUUUUGACGUACGCAGAAAACACAGAACCAACAUCAGAUGAAAAUGUGACUGUCACAGACACAUUGUUCAAUAAUGUUCCAGUGCGGCUAUAUAUUCCUAAAAAAUCAACUGAAGCUCUAAAGAGUGGAGUUAUCUACAUACAUGGUGGCGGGUGGUGCCUAGGGAGUGCAGCUAUGAAGCCUUACGAUUUGCUGUCAAGACGUACUGCACAAAAGCUCGGUGCUGUGGUUGUGUCAAUAGAGUACCGUUUAGCACCUAGGUUCCAGUUUCCAACUCAGUUUGAUGAUGUGUAUACUGUAGUAAAGUUCUUCCUAGAUAAAACCAUUCUUAACAAAUACUCAGUGGAUCCUGACCGUGUGGCUGUAGCAGGUGACAGUGCAGGAGGAAACUUGGCUGCUGCCGUAGCCCAACAACUGUUGAAAGACCCUGAAGUCAACAUUAAACUUAAGGUCCAAGCAUUAAUUUAUCCGGUGCUCCAGGAUCUUGACCUACAUACCCCAUCGUAUCAAGAAAAUGGGAAAAUGCCAUUGUUAUCCUCAAAUCUCAUGGUCCGUUUCUGGUGUGAAUACAUUACUACAGACAGAAGAUUAUGUGAAGCCAUGUUGUCGAACAGACACAUACCACUAGAAGCUGCUGAUUUGUUUAAGUUUGUAAACUGGAGCAGUUUAUUGCCUGAAGACCUGAAGAAAAACCAUAUUUACUCACCACAGUUUGGACACUCAGAAUUUGUUAAAAAAUAUCCAGGAAUUUUGGACGAAAGAGUAUCUCCUCUGUUGGCCAAAGAUGAACAGUUGAAGGGUUUGCCAUUAACAUACGUCAUUACAUGUAUGUACGAUGUGUUAAGAGAUGAUGGUUUCAUGUAUGUGUCCAGACUUAAAAAGAUGGGCGUGCAGGUAGUGCAUCAUCAUUACGAUAAUACUUUCCAUGGAAUACUCUUAUUAAACAACUGGCCGCUUGACUUUCAAAUAGCACAUCACAUAGAAGAAAGGUAUCUUAACUGGCUCAAGGAAAACCUAUGAAAAGUACAUUGUAUCCACAAAAGUUACAAAGUCAAUAAAUGUCAUAACAGCCAAGAACGGAAAGCCCAACUAAGUGUCCAAUAAUACAGAAACCACAUCAUGCAAUUCAAUGACCUGAUGUAGAUAAACGUGCCGGCAAAAUAUCUAAAUCACAUGAUAAGUGAAUGGGUGCUUUACUGGCAUUUAAAUUUAAAGUAGUUAUUUGUUCCUGGAGUUUAGUUUUUUUUUAGUUUAUGUAAAUAAUUGCUGCUUUCCGCUGAAUGAUUUUAUGUACAAAUGAAAUGUUUCUAAAGUAACUUUUUUUUACAUAUGAAGUUAUUGGGCCCCACUUUUGAACAAAUACGUUUGAAAAUGAUUUACACAGCAUAUCGCAGUUGGUUUUUAUUAAUGCAGUGGGAUACUGUGAAUUAAAGCCUUGAAAAAUAAAAGCUAUCAUAAUGCAAAUUGUGAGUGUGUUUGGUAAGAAUAACGAUGUGCCUAUUUUUAAAGAUGAAUUUAAAUUGGGGUUAUGCUUAGAAAAAAAAAUAGCAAAAGUUAUUAACUUACCUGGGAAAUUUUAGGCUUUGGCUACCCGGCGCAGCCUCUUGAAGAACGCAGCCAGGACUACCCGCUGACGUCCAGGGCUGCUUAGUGGUCCCCAGUCCAGUCCAGUUGCGUUAAUUAAAUAUAUAUAAAUCUAUAUGUGUGUUAUUAUGCUCAUAAUUUUUUUCAAGAUUUGUCCUCACAUGUAUCAACAUUACAAUAUUUUUUUUUAAAGUGGCAUGUUUUGGAAAUGCAGCCAAUAAAGUGACUGAUAAUGAAAUAGACUUUUGUUUCUAUUUGUUUAGAAAAGAAACAUAACAAAAAUAUGUACAAAUAUAACACUUUAAUGAUAUAAAUUCCAAAGUAAAGUUUAGAGAAUUGAGUGGUAGGGAUGAAAUGAAAAAAUAAAAUAAUAAAGGGAGGGUACAACUUAUUGGCAUUAGUGGUGACACCUAUGGAAGUGGUGACAACUAUUGCUUCACAAUUUAUAAUACUGAAACCAAUAUUUUUUUCCCAACCAAAUUAAAAAAAAAUAUAAUGUUGAAAUUUCAUAAUGGCAUGUAGACGAGCUAAUGGGCCAAAACUGAUUUGGACAAAUUGUUCGGUUCAUUUUUGACCCAUUCAUUUUAAGGGCAUCACAUUUUGUUCCCUGCCCAUUGAUUUUAUACACCUGUGGAAAUGGGUCUGAGUGAUGUGUCCCAAUACUUUUGUCCAUAUAGUGUAUAUUAUUUGAAUACUUUGUUGUCUGCUUUCAGACGUUUUGUGGGUUGUCAAUAAACUUUGUUCGCUACAACAGUUACAAACCCAUCAUUCAAUAAAUAAAAUGCUUAUACCUUUA